CAAAUAUCGAGUGGAGGGAAAGAUGAUGUGCGGAGCGGACGCAGAGUGGCAGUUUUCACCUCGUGGGCGGGAACCUUUAGCGACCUUCCAGAUUGCGGCUUUGAGGGUGCCGUCGUUCCUCUUCCACCUGCAGAGAGGGAACUCUGGUUUUACGAAGGAAACAUUUCCCGCUCCCCUGAAGGCUCUUCUCGAGGACCCCAGCAUCAUCAAGGCUGGUGUUGCCAUCAACACGGAUGCCACGCAUAUGCUCAACGACUAUGGCGUGAAAAUGGCGAGCACGGUGGACCUGCGUGUCCUCGCCGUGUCCAAGUUGGUGGUGACAUCGUCUCAAACACUCGCCGGCUUGACGGCGUGCCUCCUGGGGAGGCAGCUGCCGAAGGAUACCGUCCGAUGCUCCCGUUGGGGGAGCGCUCAACUCUCCGUUGAACAGCGAGACUGCGCCAUCAGGGACGCCGUUGCCUCGGCACUCUUUUACGAGGCCAUCCACACGAACAAGGACCCGAUCACGUCCGUGCCUUCUUCACCGUUCGACCCGGCUGUCGGCUUGAAGGUGCGCCUCUACAACGCCAGCCAUUCCGCCUGCGUGGCGGUAGGUCACGUGGUGUCCGACGCCACCGUGGAGGCCGCCCUUCGUCACUGGCAAAGUUCUGCUAAGCUACAGGGUCUUUCCGGGAGCAGGCAGCGGGAUGGCGUGGUUGUACGGGGCUCCGGGGCGGGAGGUGACCCGGUAGAGGGGUCGCCGAUCUCGGCUGGGCCUGGGGCGGGGGCGGCGGGGGCGGCGCGGGCGGCGUUGCCGCAGUUCAGGGCCUGCAUCGAAUGCGGACACCACAAGGGUGCAUACCCUGCUGAACACCCUGGGAAUCGCCGUGGACAUAAGGCGAAAGGUUCAGCGCCCCAGCCCGACCUUGAACCGGCGAAAAAUGUUUAGUGGACCAGAGCUUGCGGCGGCCAGAGUCGGACAAAGUCUGGAACCCUAAGCACAGAAAGAGGACGUUUCUGCCCUGCCCGUGCGAUGUAUGCAAGGGCUCAUACGCACACGUGGAGGAUGGUGAUAGUUAGCCUGUACUGCCGGGUCGAGAAGAGCUGGACUCAUGUAAAAAAAAGUAACUAUUUGCCUACCGGUUCGAAAGGCCGUUCGGUCAGAGUGCACUAGUUGUACGGCAGUCGCCCAGAAUUUCGGAUGGUAAAGGAAAUUAACAAACGGCCCACGAUUGAGACAUCAGAUACACCACGGCUGCCCAGGCGAUGUGUGCGUGUGUGUGUG